CCGUCGUCUAGUCUUCUCCUUGAUAAGUUACAACACAAAAAAGACUGAUCAAAAUGUCAUUCAAAGUUGCGAUUCUCGGGAACCCACGAUCGACGGGCGAGACCUUCUGGGGCAGUUUUACGUACGGGAUUCAAGUGUACGACCUCGCAGCUGAGCAGAUCUGCAGCAUUCUCCAGAGCCCGGACCACAGCAACGGUGGGCAAGGAUCGAAUAAGUCUUUCUUAUAGUCUUCUGCAUGCUUUGGCUACUCUGGAGACUCUAGUAACUAUUGGCAUUUUGCUCUGAUCUAAUCUCUAUAGGAAUUGAUGUUGCAAAGCUGGGAGCUAUUCCAGUGAACAAGUACGAGAUAUAUGGAGGCGGAAGAUUCUUUCCAUCUGUAACCAGAGAGGCAAGCGAAGCGAAAGUACUUUGUGGUUGCCAUGCAGGGGGCUUUCCAUAGGGUUGGCACUGUACCAUAAUGGGACUUCUGUUUAUUGGCAAGUGAGUGAAGUGAGCGGAAUGCAGGAUUAUCCCAUACAUAUUGCACUGCCCGUACAGUAAUGUUCUACAAAGUUCUUAAUACAUGUGAAAUGCUCUAAUAAUCAAAAUGCUAUAAUUAAGUAUAAAGCCGUCUUAUUGGUUUGGCAAUUGCAGGAGAUUGCCCAAGUCAUGCAAGGCGUCGAUGUAAUGCUGAUGAUGAGCUCAACCAAUCCGUUUACUCUGGACUACAUGACCCUCGAGUUCUAUGAGUGCCUCAUUGGAGACAAUCUUCUGGACCAGUGCAAGGCUGUAGUGCUGAGGAUUGUCAGUGGGAAGGUUGACCCCCUUUUCCAAAGGAACACCAAGCCACUCACUGCGGACGACAUCCUCGCCAAAUCAGGCCUCAGCAAAGCUUCAAACCUUCAAAAGAAGCUCUAUGUUGUGGCAGACAAAGAAGUAAAGCUGGGAAAGCGCCGAUCUAGGGGCAAGAAGAGCAAGAAGCAGAGAGAAGAAGCAGAUGUUGUCUCACAGCUGAGGGCUCGUCUGCUGGGAGAAGAGGUGAAGGUGGCAGUCACUGCUCCAGUCAAGGAGACCCUGUCAGCUGGGAAGGCUCUGCUGAACAUGGGCCAGAGAUUCUCCAGUUGGGUCUCCUCCCUCAUCAAGUCAUAACUCAAUGAUAAUGACUUUGCAACUUUUUAUGCACAUUGACUGAGUAUUAUACAAUAUCUGGCAAUUAUUUCUUGUGAAAUUAAUCUUCAUUAUCAGAAAAAACACUUGUCUCUAUACACGUGGCUCCAUCAGCAUAA